AAUAAAAAGUAAAAAACAAAAGUGAUUUCUUGAGAGCUUUAUUCAGGUCUCUUUUCAUUAUUUAAGAACUGAGGGACCAAAGUAUCACAGAGAAAGAGUCUCUCAACACUCAAACAAAGCAAUAAAUUCAUCUUUCUAUCUAAUCUAUUGAAUACCGAUUGCGAGAAGAUCCAUUGCGUGCUGUGUUUGGUUUCUUACAGAGACUCGAAUUCAGGAGAAGGAGAAAAUGGUUUCGGCAAACAGGGAGAUGGCUGUCUAUUGCUUUGACACUCUCGUCGCUCACUACAACAGCGAGGAAGCUCCUCCUCCUGCCUUUGAUGAGGGCCAGCACCCACUAUUUGUCACUUGGAAGAAAAUGGUCAAUGGUGGUGAGCCUCGUUUACGUGGAUGCAUUGGAACACUAGAAGCUCGAUGCUUGAUUAAUGGUUUUAGGGACUAUGCUUUGACCAGUGCUUUGAAGGACCGCAGAUUUCCUCCAAUACAACCUAAAGAAUUGCCUUCUCUAGAAUGUACAGUUUCCAUUUUGACUAAUUAUGAAAUGGCUAACAAUUAUCUUGAUUGGGAGAUUGGGAAACAUGGUUUAAUUAUUGAGUUUAUUGAUCCUAAUAACAAUGUAAGGCGAAGCGCCACAUAUUUGCCUGAGGUGGCUGCUCAUGAAGGUUGGACAAAAGUGGAGGCAAUUGACUCACUGAUGCAUAAAGCGGGUUACAAUGGCCAUAUCACUGAGUCACUUCGGAAGUCUAUACAAUUGACACGCUAUCAGAGCACAUUAUUUACUAUGACCUAUAGUGACUAUGUCUCAUAUGUGAAGGCAGCCAGGGGUGCAGCUCCGAUUAUUAAUGGGGCUAAGCCCACCAACCAUUGAUAUUUAAACAAGCUUUUGCUUAAUUAGCCAAAGCUUGUUUGCUUUGCCUUGAUCAAUGAAUUAUCUCAAAAAGAUAUCUGGGUUGGAAUGGAUUUGUUUGUUUUCCAACCCAAACUGCUUCAGUGUUUGUUAUGUCCAUUCAAUUUCAAUGUCAUUCUUCAAAUUCAUUUGAUUUUGAAGAAAGAAACAGAAAUACACCUAAUGGUGAACUUUGACUUGUGUGGCCUCAUCAGGUGACAUUCAUAUUUGACGGCUCCUCAUCAGAGCUGUACUCUUUGAAAAUUCGAAAUUUAUGAAUGUGUGUUCGUUUGCUGCAA